GCCUAAGGCAGGGGCUGCGGGGCAGGGACAGGCUGAGGUGCCUCAGGAGGCUCCUGUGGAACCGUACCUGAGAUGUCUUCCACAGCCCCGUGCGGGGCCGGGUGGCAGGCAGACGGUUGGGUUAUGCCUUGUGUCCCGGUUGUCAGCACCUUUGCACAGCCCUGCUUGUCCACAGGCUGUGCUGCGGCCAGCACAAGCGGGCACAGGGGCUUCCACAUUACGAGUUAUGUUACCUACAGUUCCUGGUACGUACACAGACCUGCGUAUUACCAAAGGGGUGCUGUUUCGUAACGCUUUUCAUUGAACCCACUCUGGAUUGCUGCAGGACAGCUGUACCAGUGGUCCUCCGGCUCACCUUGACAAACCAUGGGGUCAGGCUUGAGUAGGAUAAUGCUGCAGGCGUCCGCCGGUGGAAUGUUGCAUGGUUAGAAACAGGCAAGGCGGUCAUCUCGCCAUGGCAAACAGGCAAAUGAGUCCACAAGUAAGCCCUGUUCCUCAGAUGUGGUCUGUAUGUUGAAAACAUUUGAGAAUACCCCAGCCAGCUUCUUUUUUCUGCCUGCUUCCAGGUGGGGAACCACGGGUGGAAGAAAACCCAAGGAACCCAUUUGCAGAAUCUGAGAAUUAGCUUGGGAUAGUCAUCAAAGGCUGUCUGGCAGCCAGGCUUCUCUCAAGGAGCCAAGUCCAGGUUAUACACAUGCCCUUAAUUUAGCCAUUGCUUAAUAAUAUAUGAAUGGUAAACUGCAACCUCCAAAAUAGUCUCCUAAUAUAAAUUCGCAAUGAACAUCCUUGGGAUCAUUUUCAAAGAAAAGAGGUAGAAUAAAAAUCAACAGGGGAUAGUCUCUGAGGCUUUGAGGCUGUGCUGCCUGCUUUAAUAAAAGGUAGCUGAGCCAGAAAGGCUCUCUGCCAGGGAUUUCUCUGUGAUCUGUCUUUCGAGGGCUAAUAUCCUUGAACAUGACCACCUGAUGUCAACUGCUUUUAACCACAGCCUCCUGCCUACCAAAUGAAUACACCAAACAUCACCAUGUUCAGUAAGCGUGUGGCAUCAAAGCAGACGAAGCCCCAGGAGUGGCACGUGUGGCUAGCCUUUGUCCACCCACCCCACAGCUCCUGCACGAAAUGUCUCACAACCAUGUGUGCUCCUGGGGCAGGUAGGUUUGUCCUGGAGCUGGGGUCAAGGUGUGCUCAGCUGACAGCAGUGCUGGCUCUGCCAGCUGCGGCAGUGUCUCUAAAGCACCCUGUGUUAAGCAAGGGACUCAGUGUAGCUGCUUUUCCUGUGUUUGUUGCAUUUCCUGGCCACGUCCUACACUGCAGACCUUCAGGCCAGCCGAAAUGCCUCUGUGUCCCCAUGGCGGGAGAUGUUGGAAAUGCCUGGGCACUUUCCGUGGGAGCUGGACAGCACCUGGAGCUCCGGGUCUGCUCCUUCCUUCCCUGCAGCACUGCCUCUAGCCCAGUGUAUUUGCAUCAUCUCCCCAACGGUUCACCACCCUGGGUCCUAGAUGGGGUUUCCAGGCCAAACUGUAGGGGGGAACUGCUCGUCUGGCCCUCUGCCCACCUGGGCACCAGCCCUUGCCUGUCCGACCCCAGGGCUAUGAGCCUGGGAGACGGCUGAGCAGCAGGGAAGGUGGCUGGACCCCAGCGCUGGACCUGACCUCCUGGACAUCCAUCUGCAUAUUCAGAUGUCGUUCCCAGCCGGUUGGCUGCCUCCGGCCUCCCCACUCCCUCUUUAAAGGACCUGAGCGCAGCGGGAGGACGUGCCGGCACUGCCUCUGCGGCAUCCAGUGGCCCCUGGACGCCUGCCCUCAGGCACUGCGCUCCCUGCGCCCCUGGAGCCAAGCUCCACACCACUAGCAGGCUGAAAUAUCAAACACCUGGGAAGCCGGCCAAUCUGUCACUGGAAAUGAUCCCCAAUCAGCUGAGGGUCAGCUCUCCGGUGUCUAGGCAGGAACAAGAGACGAUGGAUGGCAGGACUGGCUCUGAGCAGGACAGAGACGGUGUCACUUCAGGGCACAGCCAGGGGCUAAAGUUGGAGCCCUGUUUCCAGACUGACUCUCUCUUGCCUUCCCCCAGUGCGUCCCUGAUAUCACAGCUCCUCAGCCACCCGAUGGUUGGCAGGAGCCUGGAUCCCAGCAUCAUUUUCCCUUCCUCUCAGGUAGUGGCCCUGCCUCAGGACUACAAGUGUGGUGCAUCUCCCGGAGAAGGAGCGCAAGCCCUGGCUUUCCCCAGGACCCGUGCCCCGGCUCCUGUGCCCUGUGCUGCUGACAGGGACCAGCUCUCUGACCAGCACCUACAGGACCAGCUCUCCAGCCAGCACCUACGAGCCAAACGGGCCAGGGUGGAGAGCAUCAUCCAAGGCAUGAGCCUCCUACCAACCCCUCAGGCAUUUGGCACCAGCCUGGAGGCAGCUUUUGGGCACGAGAGGGAGAGGGGCGGUGAGAUGCCCCGGGAGUUUAAGAGGAAGCCGAGGGUUCCCCAGCAGGCCACAGGGGCAGGCAGGCAAGUGGCCCCCAUGGCGGGCAGCCCCCAUGCUGAGGGCUGCCAGCAGCUGAAGGAGCAGCUCUGCUUUUUAGAGCAGCAACUGAGGCGGCUUCAGGAGAAGUUCUCCCAGGUCUGCGACUCUGGGAACACUGCCCAAACCCAGGAAGGUGCUGAGAAAGUGCAUCCACUGCCUGAAAAGCCUGGAGACAGACCAGACAAGGACAGCGCCACUGCCACCAGUGACGCGCGCAAAGCACCUCUCUGGAAGAGCGUCCUGGAGGUGCGUGGGCUGGAGGAGGAGGAGGACAGCGGCGACACAGGUGGCCUGCCCUCAGCAGCGAGGGUCCUCUCGCAGGCGCUGAAGCACGAGCUGGCCGGGGUGACGUCGCAGGUGGUGGACUCUGUCCUGAAGACUGUCUGGCCGAAGGCAGCCAACCAACUUCUGCAGCAGCACCGCAGCCUCCCAGUGCCAGGGCCUGAUGUGAGGAGAGAGUAUUUUGCUGCUGGGAAAUGCAGAAAGCCACUUGCUAAGCCAUCUCCCAGGAAUGCACCAGGCUCGCUGGGCUCACCUCAGGCUGAGGCCCUGUCAGGAGCUUCGGGGAAGAGCCUGGGCUCUCAUGCUGGCUCCUUCAGUUCAAAGGGGGUCAGAAAACCCUCUCAGGUACCCAGCAUGGGUUAUUCGCUGGUCUCGGCUGCCCCAGUCCAGGACAGCCAGCUGCUGAGCCAGCUGCUGGGCUACGGCCAGCACAGCCUCUGGGGCAGUAGCUCUUGUGGGAGCCCCUCUGCCCUGGAGAGGGGUCCUCUGGAGCCCCUCGACUUGCACUGGGGAACUGUCAAACUGAGGUCGUCGGUUGUGAGACAGCAGCAGCAGCAUCCCCUGCCCCUGAGCCCUGCUGACAUGGAGAGCCUGGCGCUGCUGCCGGCUGGCAGGGAUGGCUGCGGGGAGCUGCAGGCUGCGAUGGAUGGCGUGCCCUUCACCUCCACCCAUAUGCAGGAGGCGCUGACCCCCGGCCACCUGAAGAAGGCCAAGCUGAUGUUUUUCUUCACCCGCUACCCCAGCUCCACUCUGCUGAAGACCUACUUCCUUGACGUGCAGUUCAGCCGCUGCAUCACCUCCCAGCUCAUCAAGUGGUUCAGCAACUUCCGCGAGUUUUACUACAUCCAGGUGGAGAAGUUUGCCCGGCAGGCCCUGCUGGAGGGCGUUGUGGAUGCUGGCACCCUCCGGGUCUCCCGGGACUCGGAGCUUUUCCGUGCCCUCAACAUGCACUAUAACAAGGGGAACGACUUCGAGGUGCCAGGGCGGUUCCUGGAGGUGGCCAGCCUGACGCUCCAGGAGUUCUUCAGUGCCAUCAGGGCGGGCAAGGACGCCGACCCCUCCUGGAAGAAACCCAUUUACAAAAUCAUUUCCAAACUGGACAGCAACAUCCCAGAAGGGUUCAAAGCCGCUGGCUGCUCCCAGGAACUGCUCCGCAGCUGACACUCUGUGAAAGCAGCCCUGGGUCCUGUGUGCAGCCACCAUGUGCUAAGCACCUCACCGGCACUCUGUACAGCAUCCAUUAUUCUGAGUAUUUUCUCUCUGGCCUGUAAGACAGCUCCUUGGAUGAGGUCUGUCACUUGCCUCAGGUGCUGGGA